GAUGCUCUCCGAGCCGGAGACUUCGGGAGACGCGGUCCUCACCUGAGCGAUCCAGCCCAAUUCCCCCGUUUGAAGGCUGUUAAUGGAGAAGAGGGCGGAUGACAGCCGGGACCGUGGUCAUCACAGGUGGAAUAUUAGCGACUGUCAUUUUGCUUUGUAUCAUCGCCGUCCUCUGCUACUGUAGGCUCCAGUACUACUGCUGCAAGAAGGAUGAGUCCGAGGAGGAUGAGGAGGAGCCCGACUUCGCCGUGCACUCCCACAUCCCGCCGCUCCACUGCAACCGCAACGUAGUGCUGACCAACGGCCCGUCCCUCUACGCCUCGUCCCCCUUCGGCAAGAAGCCAACCCCGAGCCGGUCCAGCUGCCCCAGCUGCGCACCCUACGAGCCCCCCACCUUCUUCCUACAGGAGCCCCCCGAGGAGCUGCACAACGGGGGCGACCGGGUGAGCUACAAGACGGUGAGCCAGGAAGAUCUCGAUCUGCCGGUGAGCGUGGGCAACCUGCAGGCCCUCAACCCCAACCGGCUCUCGGCCAUGCGGGAAGCUUUCUCCCGCAGCCGCAGCAUCAGCACCGAUGUGUGAGGGGCUGGCUGCUGGCCCAGCCCGGAGCAUCACAUCGUACCUCGCCGCUGCCACCGAGGCUUUUAACAGCGGGGAGAACUUUUGGAGAUUCAUGGAAGAGUUUUGAAAAAGAAGA